AUGCGACUGGAAUUCCUGCGACUGAACGCGACGUCGAUCGUCCAGCCGAUGGACCAGGGUGCCAUCAAAAAUCUGAAGACUCUGAAGAAGAAUCCGCGGUAUCAGGACAAGUCUUUGUUGCGUGUGAUCAGGGAGGUGCACACCCUGUCUUCCUUGAGUCAUCUCAGCAUAGUUAGCUACAAAAAUGCUUGGAUAGAGAGGCUUGGACCUUCUGAACUGUAUCAGUACUUCUCAGCUCAACAAAGGAGGACUUGGAAACGAAAUGGAUCUAAUGCAAAGAGGCAAAUCUAUCCAAGUGAAGUCAUGUCAGUUUGUGGUGGUACUGAAAGAAGUGGUGCUGUUGCCUUACCCCACUCAGAGGAUGGUGAAAUUUCCCUCAAUGGCUGUUCAGUUGAGCAGCUGAAAGGGAAGUUUUGGGAAAAUGGGUACUCUUCCAGUAUGAGUCCUUCAAGCACUGGCAGUAAGACUACUGGGAGCAACUCCAGCUGUAGCAUUGAAGGGGCAACUGCAUCCUUUCAACAUCCAUCAGAGAAUCAAGUUGCUUGCUUCAUUCAAGACACCAGACCGAGUGCCCUGUCAAGAGUCUUGGAUACUUAUGCCAUUCUAUAUCUCCAAAUGGAACUGUGUGGAGAAACACUAAGGGAUUAUAUAGACAAGCACAAUGGACAGAUGAAGCCCAUAGAUGCUGCCUUCAACUUGGAUUGUUUUUAUGAGAUACUUCUGGGAAUCUCUCACAUUCAUCAGCGUGAUAUAGUUCAUCGUGAUCUCAAACCACAGAAUAUAUUUUUUAAUAGAGAGGAUGGUCGUAUUCAAAUUGGAGAUUUUGGCUUGGCAAGACUCAUUGGUCCUACUGGAGAGGUGUGUGCACCUAUUCCUCUCCCUCAUAGUACACAAGUUGGUACUAUAAGUUAUGCAGCACCAGAACAACUGCUUGCUGGGGCCUGCACAACCAAGUCAGACAUGUACAGCAUUGGUGUGAUCCUCUUUGAGCUCUUUUGUUCCUUUUCAACUGGCAUGGAAAGAGGGAAAUGCUUUGAUGACCUGCGCAUUGGGAGACUGCCUCACACUUUCCAGGAGUCCUGGCCCAUUCAGAAAGCGAAGGAGAUGGGCAUCUGUACAAUAGGUCGCAAGUAUGGCAUUGAGGAAAGCCGUAUACGGAAGCGGAUGGAGGUGAAGGCAAAAUUGAGCCGGGUUCUAAAGGAUCUCAUGGUCUUUCGUUGGGAAAAAGGGAUCAUUUCUGGUAAUCAAGAAGGAAGUGGCCGAAUACGUGAAAGAGCUGCUUUGGUGAAGCAAUUGACACAUAGAGAUCCUGAAAAACGGCCAUCAGCUUCUGAUGUGCUGGCCACCUUUCCAUGGAAGAAGAUUCUUCAUCUUCCCAUUGCAUCAUUGUCCCCUUCUCAAGGGUUUCAAACCCAUACCAUGGAGAAAGAGUGUAUGAGAGAAGAAUGUCUCCAAAUCAGGCAGGAGAAUACACUCCUGAAGCAAAGGAUAAGAGCAUUGGAGGAGGUGAUCAGUACUAUAAGGAACCCACCAGCCAGCCAAGCACAAUUAUAAGAAAGAAACUUCAACACUUGCCAAUGAUAUUUUCUCUGUGAUGUAUUAUCUUGCAAUGUCUUUUGAUGGGCCAAUGCCCAACCAUGCCA